CUCCGAUUUCUCUCCAUCUUCCCAAUUUUCAGAGUCCAGGAGAUACUGCAAGCUGAUCGACGAUGACGGAAUUCCAACAACAAGAUGGGAUUUCAUCAUCAUCAUCAAAGAAUGUUAUUAUAAUGGAGGAAUGGAAUGGAUCAUCUUCCACUAAGCUCUCAAGAACCGCUGUUUUAACUCUCACUCCUUCUUCUUUCUCCCUUCAAAGAUCUGGGAAUCGAUUCAGUGAAGUAUCUACACGGAUUAUUGGAGCAUUUGUACCGGAGGGUUUUCCAACUAGUGUAACUCCAGAUUAUGUCCCCUUUCAAAUCUGGGAUUCGUUGCAGGGAUUAUCAACUUAUAUACGAAUGAUGCUCUCUACUCAAGCUUUGUUGAGUGCUAUUGGAGUUGGUGAGAAAUCAGCAACCGUCAUUGGUGCCACUUUUCAGUGGUUUUUGAGGGACUUUACUGGGAUGCUUGGUGGUAUCUUAUUCACCUUUUACCAGGGCUCUAAUCUGGACAAUAAUGCUAAAAUGUGGCGUUUAGUUGCAGACCUUAUGAAUGAUCUUGGCAUGCUGACGGAUCUUGUUUCUCCUCUCUUCCCUUCUGCAUUUGUUGUGAUAGUCUGCUUGGGUAGCAUAUCGAGAUCAUUCACUGGAGUUGCAAGUGGAGCAACUAGAGCUGCUUUGACACAACAUUUUUCACUUCAAAACAAUGCAGCUGAUAUAUCUGCCAAGGAAGGGAGUCAAGAGACACUAGCAACGAUGACAGGAAUGAUCUUAGGAAUGCUUCUUGCUCGUGUCACAAUGGGACAUCCUGUAGCUAUCUGGUUCUCUUUCUUGUCUCUCACCCUGUUUCAUAUGUAUGCAAAUUACAGGGCAGUCUGUUGUCUUUCGCUUACAACUUUGAAUUGCCAAAGAAGCUCAAUCCUUUUACAGGGUUUCAUGGAAACUGGAAAAGUUCUCUCCCCAGAGAAGGUCUCAAGUAUGGAGCAUAUAUUGCCCUCUUGGACUAGCUUAUGGCGCUCAAAGACUGAUGAUUUGCUUCACAAGAGGAUACACUUAGGUGUCAGAGUUUCUUCACUUAGCCACAAGGAUAUGAUUGACCUCUCAGGUUCAACAGGUUCUUACUAUAAGAAAGAGAAGUACUUGCUGAUGCCAAAGAGUGGAGUUGUCAAUGUGUAUGUGCACAAGCAGUCAACAGCUGCUGAUGUGUUGCAGUCAUUUAUCCAUGCACUUGUGCUGGGAAAUCAUGUCAAUAAAACCAAAUUCGUUCACGAAGAAAGUAGGUCAUGGAUGGAUAAACAUUAUGAAGGUUACAUUGCUAAGCUGAAGUUGACAGGAUGGAAAACAGAGCGGCUCUUGGCUCCUCCCGUUGUUUGGAGAGCAGAUUGGCUUUCAAAUGAGAAGAUUGAAUAGUAUAUUUUUGGAUGGAAAUGAAUUCAUUGCCAUCUCUAGUUGGUACUUUUUGCUUUUCUUGGAAAUAUUUAUUCAGGGGAGACUGUUGACAAAAGAAAUUAGUUUGUAUAUUUACAGCUUUUUAUGGUUUUGAAAUGAGUCCAAGUAGUGUGAUUUGAGGUUUCAAUCUAUGCAUUAAACUUGGAAUAGGUCGAGAAGUUCUCUUUUCCAAGAAGAGAAAACCCUUUCAAAAUGGUUGGAUUAUAAUCCCAAAACCAUUCUCCCAA